UUUUCUGGGGCGAUCGAUAUAAGUAUAAUGGAAGAAAACUCCACCGAUAUCAACGGUUCUGAUGAUUACUUUGAGUUUCAAGGUCUUUGUACCAAUGAAGAGAACAAGGACUUCAACCGAAUCUUUUUGCCAACUGUCUACUCUUUCAUCUUCCUUCUGGGAAUUAUUGGCAAUGGAUUGGUGGUGUUGGUUAUGGGUUAUCAGAAAAAAGUCCAGAACUAUGACUGACAAGUACAGGCUGCACCUGUCAGUGGCUGACUUGCUCUUUGUGUUCACCCUUCCAUUCUGGUCUGUGGAUGCCGCCAUUGGUUGGUACUUCAAGGAUUUCUUGUGCAAAGCUGUCCAUGUCAUCUACACCGUCAAUCUCUACAGCAGUGUCUUGAUCUUGGCUUUCAUCAGCCUGGAUCGGUACUUGGCAAUUGUUCAUGCCACAAACAGCCAAGGUUCCAGAAAAAUGCUGGCUGAGAAGAUUGUGUAUGCUGGAGUUUGGCUACCAGCUAUCCUGUUGACGGUGCCUGACCUAGUGUUUGCCAGCGUCACAGACAUAGAGGGGUACUACGUGUGUGAUCGUAUUUACCCACUAGAGAACCGACAGAACUGGACAAUUGGAUUCCGUUUCCUCCACAUCAUGGUUGGUCUUCUCUUGCCUGGACUUAUCAUCCUCAUAUGCUACUGUGUCAUCAUUUCAAAACUGUCACACUCAAAAGGCCACCAAAAACGCAAGGCCUUGAAGACCACUGUCAUUCUCAUCGUGGCUUUCUUUGCCUGUUGGCUCCCAUACUACAUCUGCCUAACCAUAGACACUUUUGGUUUGCUUGGAAUCAUAAGACUUGAUUGCCAAAUGGAUAAUACCAUCCACAAGUGGAUUUCUAUCACAGAAGCCCUGGCCUUUUUCCACUGUUGCCUCAACCCAAUCUUGUAUGCGUUCCUUGGGGCUAAAUUCAAGACUUCAGCUCAGAAUGCUCUAACCUCUGUCAGCAGAGGUUCAAGCCUGAAAAUCUUGUCAAAAAAGCGUGCUGGACUUUCCUCCGUCUCCACCGAGUCGGAAUCCUCCAGUUUCCACUCGAGUUAA